GACAUUAAAAUAAUAUUUUACAUACUUAUGAAAAGUGUUAUCACGAUAUAAUAUAUAUUUGGAUAGUAAUCAUAUAAUAUUAUAUUUUAUUAUUAUUCAUACGAAUUAUUGAAUUUGUAUGAGUACAGAAUAUAAAAGUACGCUUUUAAAAUUAUGUUGAAACCUACUGAUAAACAAACCUAAUCUACCAUUGACAGUGUAGCCUGAAUAUAGCCUUAUAGGUAUACUUACAUAAAAAUAUACAUGUAUUCAAUUAAUUUCUCCUUAAAUGUCUUAAGAUAUAUGGUGACUAGUAACGAACUAACGGCAUGCCAUAACAACAUUAUACAACCACAGUUACGGAUUUUUUUAAAAAAAUUAUUAAUGUGCACUUUUGGACGUAUACUUGAACUCAAACAAAUUCUUAUUGGUGAAGACUUCUCAAUAUACACGUAUGUUUGAUUAAAACGUAUUAUUAUUUUGUACAUUUUGAAAUGUUUAUAUGCGGGUGUAUAUAGACCGAUAAUUGGAGAAUUGAAUGAUAUGAAAAUAACCUAUGACCAGUUUGAACUAAGUAUACCUCGGUGUUUCCGAAAUGAGAGACUAUCAUUUUUAGACGAUAUGGACAAUAAGAUCGAUGAAAUAAAUAACCGUAUUUUAAUAGAAGAAAACAAUAACUUAUUAAGCGAAAUACAAAACGAAAACAUUGAAACAGGAGAUGUAAAGCGGUCUAGCACUAGUCAAUUGAUCAGUCAAGAGUCAUCCGAAUCCUAUUUCGAUGUAGACAAAUUUGUUUUCGAUGUACAACCUGUAACUACAUUUGAAAAAAUUUUAAGUGCGGAUAAUUCAAGGGAAUUGUCUAUAAAACUCAUUCAAAAACAUAUCAGAGCAGUAAAAGAUCGUGUGGCUGUCAAUGAAUUAAUAUUCGCUAGAAUAACUAGAAGCAAUAUAAUUUCCGGGAAGUAUAAACAGCCUAGCAAAGAGAAAGGCCAAGAAGCGGCAGUAAAGAUUCAACGAUUUUGGAGACAUUAUCGAAUAAUGACAAAAGUUAAUGCUAGGAAACUAAAACGACACGUUCAACUUGGUAUGUACAUUACUAGUGAAAAACUGAAUUUCGAUAUUAAUCGUGAACUAGAGGAUACAAUUCGAAUACAACAAACUGAAGCAGAUAUAGAGUAUCGUAAAAUUAUAAGUAAAUUGGAAGACAAUUUUAUCCAACGCAACAAAUAUGAAAUAAUAGAAGAAAUCGAAGAUGAGCUUAGAGCGUACGUGUGGACGUAUUUUGAAAUGUGUCAUCAUUUACCGUCUUGGCCAAAUUCAAAACCUAUCAUGUUCUCUGACGAUAAUGAUAAAAUUAUUGGAUUACCACCGAUAAUUUUAUCGCCAGCUAUUUUGAAACAGUUAAAUAUACCACGUGUACAUUAUAUGUCAGCAUUAAAACAACGAUUACCACUUGGAGGUUCGGCAAUUAUUCAAACAGGAAGGUGGAUGACUAUAGAAAUGGCUGAAAUACUUGCAAUGUUAAUUAUAGAAUUUGAAAGAAAACCAGCAAAAGAGAGAAAUGUUCUAAUCAAACAACUGGCAGAAAAAAAUAAAAUUGAAAAAGAAAAAAAACUUGAAAGCUUAAAACUUAAGGAAAGGUUAACAGCAGCAGUUAAAAUUGUGGGCAUCGUUUUGGAAUCAAGUGAAUUAACGGAAUGGUUUAAAGAAAGGUUUAAUGAAUAUGAUAGUAAUUGGGCGUUAGAUAGUGGAAUCGAAAAUGAACCAAGGGAAGAUCUAAUAAAAUCUGAAAUUUAUUCAAAGGCUCAAGUGGAACUUAGAACUAUAGUGGAUGAAACUAUUAAGGAAGAAUUAGAAAUUCUAAAAAUGGCAUAUGCUCGGGAUUUGAAAAAGAAAUAUAAAAAACCAAAAAUAAAAAGUACAAAAAUAAAAAAAGGUCGGAAAAAAAAAAUAUUAACACCAGAUCCAGAUGAAAUCUUUGAAGAGUUGGUUAAAAACAAUCUGAUCAAAAAAUCAGUAACCUCUAGAUUUAUAGAUUUUCAAGGAGAAGUAUCAUUGAGCGCUUGUGUAUUAAGAGAAGAACCAUAUUAUUCUGAUCCACCCUAUUGCUUAGGUGAUAUACGUCAAAUUAUCAAAGAGUUUUGUGUUAUUGGUUUGAUUUUUGAGGAGCUUCGUACAUUGAAAAAUAUCGAAUUCAGUCGAUCACUAUUGAUAGCUGGUCCACAAAAGUCCGGCAAAUCAAUGUUAAUAAAUGCAAUAUGUACAGAAACUGGAUCAUUAAAGAUCGAACUUACACUGAAGAAUGUGUCAGAAAAUUAUCCAGAACUUUCGAAAAUAAAUAAAUUAGUCAAUAAUAUUAUUAAGUUUGCUAAGACAUAUCAACCAGUUGUGAUCGAAGUGGAUUUAGCUGAUGUUCCAUUUUAUAAGAAAAUUCCAAAAGAUUUAAAAGUAUAUCAACCGAAUUUGAUGGCGAAGUUGAUGAUAAAGCUUUUGAAAUCAUUGAGCAAAUCUGAUCGUAUAAUAGUUAUAGGAAAAGCAACAAGCCCUUGGUUGACUGCCGGAACAAAAUUAUCAAAAAUAUUUGAAACCAUUGUGUUCACCGUGCCUGACGACUGUACUAUAUUUUUAUUUCUCAACGACUUACUAAUGAGCUAUCCAGUAGUCAGCCGAAGAUUUCCAGUUACACCAUUGACCAAAAUGUUGGCCGGUUAUUCAAAGCAGAUGAUAGCCGACAUUGUGGCCGAAGUGAUGACCACUGAACGGCUGCUAACAAUAAGACAAUAUCCAUUGAAUCCCGUGGAGUUUGUACCCGUAAUGUUCAAAUAUCCGAAGCAGAACCCUCAACAGUUUGAACUUUACAAAAAGUGGUAUGACAAAUAUGUAUCUAUGGGUAUAAGAAAAGUAUUAGAAAUGGAAGCAAAACUAGCGUUAGUAAAUAAAAUUACAAACAAAAAAUUAAAAUAAACAUUUCUGAUGUAUGAGAGUCACAUUGUGAGUAUUUUGGAACUAAUGAAUUAAUUUGCAAUAUAAUAGGCAUAUAGGUAUAUAGUAUAAUUUAAUGUUAUAGGCUUUCAUAAAGUAACUACAGUAAUCAUACUGCAGUAAGUUUAGAAUACAAUUAUUUAAAUAAUUCAAUUUUUUCAUUCAUCAGUGAACAAUCAAAAAUUUUAAUUUGCAUAUUUCAAUCGAUCACUGAUAAAUGAACGAUACAAACAAAUUUAAAUUGUAUUCCAUCUUACUGCAAUUAUUUCAUGAAAGCCCGCAUACAUUAUAAUAUAUUACCUAUAUAUUACAAAUUAUAGGUACCUCCUAAUCUAUUAGUUCCAAAAUAUUGUUCACUCACGAUAUGAGUCUCAUAUGUUUCAAUGUUUAUUUUAAUUUUUUGUUUGUAAUUUUAUUUAUUUAUUUUUGUUUUCAUUUCUAAUAUAUUUUUCUGACACCUAUAUUUACUUACAUAUUUGUCAUACAACUUUUUUAACAAGUCAAAUUGUAAAGGGCUGCGUUACUGUGAAUUGUGAUAAAUAAUAAAUCUGAUGAUGAUACAUUAAGUUGAAUAGUGGUAUAAAUAUUAAAUUAUAAAUUAUAAAAAGGGUAAACUUUUUUGACAGAGUAAAAAGUUUCUUAUCGAAAAUCAUUAAAAAAUACUAAAAGAAAAAAAAUAGCACCUCAUUGUAAAAUCAAUACAUUCAUCAAUUCGUUCAAAAUUUAAAAAACCGUAUUAACAGUUGUGUAAUAUCUACCCAUAGUUUGCGAGGAGGUGUAUAUGUUGUAUAAUAUAAAACAUAAAAGAAAAAAAUUAAAAAACAACAACAAGUAUUAUUCCGUGGAAAAAAUGUUUACGGUUAAGAACCGACGAUAAAAAAAAAAAAAAACUAUAAUUUUGUGGAGUGGGUGUAUUAAUACGUACGUUUUAUCUAUAUAUACGGCAGCCGCUUUAUAUCUCAAUAUACCUACUUAUAAUAUAGUACGAAAAUACAUAGAAACCGCGAUAAGGGUGGUAUAUAGAUAAGCUAUCUGGUGGCGGAAAAGGCAAAGGGCGAGAAAACCGACGCGAAAAGCGCACGCACCGCACGCAACUCGGUGGUAACGAAGUAUUCGUUUUAAUAAAAUCGGACUCGCGACUUUUUUUUUCGCCAAUCCAAUUCGGCGGCGGCGGCGGCAGAUUUUAUUACGCGGUCCGCCGGGCGCGCGACUCACUUCCGUUGCGCGGGAGCGGCUGGCGGCAGGGUGGGCUAUAUACGAAACGGGUGGGCGAGAGCGCUCGGGUGGGUGUGUGUACGCCGGUGUGACGGGAAAGCGCGAUGUGGGUGUGGGUGUGGGUGCGGGUGCGGGUGAGCGGUGAACGCCGCGCGGCGUGCGGUUGCCAAGGGGCUGACUGACGUGCGCUGGACGCGCGACGGCCGCUCGGGGCGCGACGGUUGGCCAGGAUUGGGUGCGAUUGGGCGGUGAGGGUGGGUGAGCUUGCGCCCGGAGCGCAUUGAUCGGCGCGAAGUUCGCACCGCGGCCCGCGCGCCAGCGUACGCUCGCGCGAAAGCUCAAUAUGGCCCCCGCUCGCGCGCUAUGUCCCGCUUGAGCGUCGCGCGCGCGUACACGCACACACGCUGGCCACAGCGCGACACAUAAUAUACCUCUCCCCCGCCACCUCCGACCAUUUUGUUAUACUCCAAGUACCACGUCACUGGUAUUAUAACAUUAUUAUUGUUGUUAAGAUUUAGGUACCUAUACACAAUAUAUAUAUAUAUAUAUAUAUAUGUGUAUUUCAAUUGGUAUACCAACCGGCAACCAUAUUAUCACGGCUAGUAUUUGUGAUAUGAAAUAUAGGUAGACAUUGGUAGGUUUACCGAUCAGUGUUCACGGUAAUGUCGUUUAUUUUUUUUUAUCGCUAGUAUAUAUUAUUGUAAUCAUUUUUCGUUAACCUAAAGUAACAACAUUUAAUAUGAUAAAAAAAAAAAAAUGUUCUAUAUAGAGAGGUGCAUACAACUAUCCGUUAAAUUCAAAAACUGCACACUUUUAGAAGGUUGAAGUUCAAAGUUAAAACACAACAUUUUUUAGAUUAAAACAGCACAAGUCUUAAGAUUGUUGUAGCCACACACUAUUAUAGCUAUUACCGUCAGUCAAGUGGGUGGUACUCUUCACAAUAAUUACAUACGAAUUUAAUAUUUCUUUUUACAUAAUAGCAAUAAUAUCAUCUUUGUAGACAUUUGUUUUGUUCAUUCUGGGUGACAAGAAAUUAGAAUAUCGCAAUUUAAAAAGAAAUGUAAUGUUUCAAUUAAACUUGGUGAAAGUUUUUAACGUUCAUAAUACGUCUACAGGUUUAUAAAUUAAAAAUAUGGUGCGGUGGUUUCCCUAUAUAUAGGUACUUACAAUGAACCGAUGAAGUACGCGGUUUUCGUCCAUCGAUCUUUUUUAAGUCGAAAUCAUAAGUGCGCGGGUUGGAUGCAACCAAAACUUUCAGAAACAUAAAUAACAUAAAAACAAAACAAAAAACAAAUAACAAUAACAAAGCACAAUAGUGCAUACCUUUUAUAUGCCUACAGGCGUCACGCUGUGUUCAAAAAUUAUUUUCUGAAUAAAACCAACUAUACAUUUUACUAAAAAAAUUCGUGAACAUAAUUUUCAUCGGAAACCUUUGAAUUUUGUAUUAUUUAAUGUACCUUAUUCGAUGUAUAAUAUAUGAAUGGGUAGUAUUAAAUAAUGUGUGUACAUUUAUUUACCUUCAAGUUUCAAUUGAGCACUCGAGCGUGAUCAACAUUUAUAGAAAAUGUAUUAAAAUACAGAAUACAAGUAUAUACUAUAAUAUGAUAAGUUAUGUACAUAUUAAUAGUAUAUAUUGUUAUAAGUUCGUUUAUAAUUAUUAUUUUUGAGAAAAAACAACGUAUGAAUGUACUAUAGCGACUAAUGUAACGAAUUAUGAUAAACAAUAAAUAGCAUAUUAUACCGUGCAGUGUUCCUGCACAAAUGCACGAAAUAGUGACAAAAUAACUAUUUAUUUUUAAGGAAGCGUUAUAAUUUGUUUAUGCUAUAGGUAACAAUAAUCAAUAUUACUUAUAAAGUGCGAUGUAUUACUAUUAUGCAAUGUAAUAAGAACUUAUGCGUGAUCGAAAUGUUUUUAUUGGAAACAAUUCGAGGGAGAGACUUCGACGUAUAAAUUAUCUAUUCAAAUUUCCGGAGUUUAUUACUGAAACUGAAAUCAAAAAUAUUUUUUAUCGGAGUUAUUAAUAUAGGCGUAUAGUGAUCACGCAACCAUUUUAUCGAGGUUUUAAUCGGAUUACGCGCAAUUAAAAUACUUUGUAAAUAAUGGUCGUAGAUGCGUCCCAGUAUAGGUA